UGUUCUUCCCCGGUCGGACGGAGAGCGGCACUGUGUCCCCGCGGCGCACGCUCCGCUGGAGCCUCCCCCUCUCCCCAGCCGCCGGCGCUGCUGCUGCCGCCACCGAGCAGCCUCCCCCUCCCCCCACCCCUCCCCGAGCAGAAGCCGCCGCCGCACCGCGGAGCCGGGAGGCGGCGGGAGCACCCAGGGCAGCGGCCGGCAGGGGUGGCGGUGGAGCGCUGAGGACCACCCGGCACGGAGCCUACUCAAUGCUGCACCUUCCGGAGCUGCAUGAGAGGCCGGUAGAGGAUUGUGGAGAAGGAAAGUUUAUAACCAGCGGCACCAGGAUGGACUUCCCUGCUACCCAACCAAAACCUGCUGCCGAUGGUAAAAUCAUCUACUAUCCUCCCGGAGUGAAGGAGAUUACGGACAAAAUUACCAACGAUGAAGUGGUUAAACGGUUAAAGAUGGUGGUAAAAACUUUCAUGGAUAUGGACCAGGACUCGGAGGAUGAGAAGCAGCAGUAUCUCCCAUUAGCCUUGCACCUUGCAUCUGAAUUCUUCCUCAGGAAUCCCAAUAAAGAUGUACGCCUCCUUGUCGCAUGUUGCUUGGCUGAUAUCUUUCGUAUCUAUGCUCCUGAAGCUCCAUAUACGUCCCAUGACAAACUUAAGGACAUAUUCUUGUUUAUUACAAGACAAUUAAAAGGCUUGGAGGACACGAAGAGCCCUCAAUUUAACAGAUACUUUUACUUGUUAGAGAAUUUAGCUUGGGUUAAAUCUUACAACAUCUGCUUUGAGUUGGAAGAUUGCAAUGAAAUUUUUAUUCAGCUUUUUAGGACUCUUUUUUCAGUUAUCAAUAAUAGCCACAACCAGAAGGUACAAAUGCAUAUGCUGGAUUUGAUGAGUUCUAUCAUCAUGGAAGGCGAUGGAGUAACUCAGGAGCUGCUGGACUCGAUUUUGAUUAACCUCAUUCCUGCACACAAGAACCUUAAUAAACAAGCAUUUGAUCUUGCAAAAGUCCUGUUGAAAAGGACCGUCCAGACCAUUGAACCAUGUAUUGCCAAUUUUUUUAACCAGGUUCUGGUACUGGGAAAGUCAUCAGUAAGUGACUUAUCAGAACAUGUGUUUGACUUGAUACAAGAGCUUUUUGCCAUAGAUCCUCACUUACUGCUGUCUGUCAUGCCACAGCUUGAAUUCAAGCUGAAGAGCAAUGAUGGAGAAGAACGUUUGGCUGUUGUUCGACUUCUGGCUAAACUCUUUGGCUCCAAAGAUUCUGAUCUGGCCACGCAGAAUCGUCCUCUUUGGCAGUGCUUUCUUGGGCGGUUCAAUGAUAUCCAUGUCCCUGUGAGAUUAGAGAGCGUGAAAUUCGCCAGUCAUUGUUUAAUGAACCAUCCAGACUUAGCAAAAGACCUCACUGAGUAUUUGAAGGUUAGAUCCCACGACCCAGAAGAAGCCAUUCGACAUGAUGUUAUUGUUACAAUUAUUACUGCGGGCAAGAGAGAUCUUUCUUUAGUCAAUGACCAGCUGCUUGGAUUUGUAAGGGAAAGAACACUAGACAAACGGUGGCGAGUAAGAAAGGAAGCUAUGAUGGGUCUUGCCCAGCUAUACAAGAAGUAUUGUCUUCAUGCGGAGGCUGGAAAAGAUGCUGCAGAGAAAGUGAGCUGGAUAAAGGAUAAACUUUUGCACAUAUAUUAUCAAAAUAGCAUUGAUGACAAGUUAUUGGUAGAGAAAAUCUUUGCUCAGUAUCUUGUUCCACACAAUUUGGAAACGGAAGAGCGGAUGAAGUGUUUGUAUUAUUUGUAUGCUAGCUUGGAUCCAAACGCUGUCAAAGCACUGAAUGAGAUGUGGAAGUGCCAGAACAUGCUAAGGAGUCACGUACGAGAAUUACUAGACUUGCAUAAGCAGCCCACUUCAGAAGCAAACAGUGCUGCCAUGUUUGGAAAGCUGAUGACCAUAGCAAAAAACCUUCCAGAUCCUGGAAAAGCACAAGAUUUUGUGAAGAAAUUCAAUCAGGUUCUAGGUGAUGAUGAGAAGCUUCGGUCCCAGCUUGAAUUGUUAAUUAGCCCCACAUGCUCUUGUAAACAGGCAGAUGUCUGUGUGAGAGAGAUAGCCCGGAAACUUGCAAAUCCUAAGCAGCCAACAAAUCCAUUUCUGGAAAUGGUUAAAUUUCUUCUGGAAAGAAUUGCCCCUGUACAUAUUGACUCAGAAGCCAUUAGUGCACUAGUUAAACUAAUGAAUAAAUCCAUAGAGGGGACAGCUGAUGAUGAAGAGGAGGGUGUAAGUCCUGAUACUGCUAUUCGUGCAGGACUUGAACUUCUCAAGGUUCUGUCCUUUACACAUCCUACCUCGUUCCACUCUGCAGAGACCUAUGAGUCUCUGCUGCAGUGCCUCAGGAUGGAAGAUGAUAAGGUAGCUGAGGCAGCCAUACAGAUUUUCAGAAACACGGGUCACAAAAUAGAAACAGACUUGCCACAGAUAAGAUCAACACUAAUUCCAAUUUUGCAUCAGAAAGCAAAAAGGGGCACUCCUCAUCAGGCAAAGCAAGCUGUUCACUGUAUACAUGCCAUAUUUUCAAAUAAAGAAGUGCAGCUUGCACAGAUCUUUGAGCCUCUUAGUAGAAGUUUGAAUGCUGAUGUACCAGAACAACUCAUAACUCCAUUAGUCUCAUUGGGUCAUAUUUCUAUGUUGGCUCCAGACCAGUUUGCUUCUCCAAUGAAAUCUGUUGUUGCAAAUUUCAUUGUGAAAGAUCUCCUAAUGAAUGACAGGUCAACAGGUGAGAAAAAUGGAAAAUUGUGGUCUCCAGAUGAAGAAGUUUCUCCAGAAGUACUAGCAAAGGUGCAAGCCAUUAAACUUUUGGUGCGCUGGCUGUUGGGUAUGAAGAACAACCAGUCCAAAUCCGCCAACUCCACGCUCCGGUUGUUGUCAGCUAUGCUGGUCAGUGAAGGAGACCUGACAGAACAGAAGCGAAUCAGUAAAUCGGAUAUGUCUCGACUGCGGUUAGCUGCUGGUAGUGCAAUAAUGAAGCUUGCACAGGAACCCUGUUACCAUGAAAUAAUUACCCCAGAACAGUUCCAGCUCUGUGCACUUGUCAUUAAUGAUGAGUGCUACCAAGUGAGGCAGAUAUUUGCCCAAAAACUGCAUAAGGCACUUGUGAAAUUACUGCUCCCUUUGGAAUAUAUGGCAAUCUUUGCUUUGUGUGCCAAAGACCCUGUGAAGGAGAGAAGAGCACAUGCCAGACAGUGCUUGCUCAAAAACAUCAGUAUACGAAGAGAAUAUAUUAAGCAGAAUCCCAUGGCUAAUGAAAAAUUGCUCUCCUUGCUACCUGAAUAUGUGGUACCAUACAUGAUUCACCUACUGGCACAUGAUCCAGAUUUCACAAAACCUCAGGAUAUUGAUCAGCUUCGUGAUGUCAAAGAGUGCCUGUGGUUCAUGCUUGAAGUUUUAAUGACAAAGAAUGAGAACAAUAGCCAUGCCUUCAUGAAAAAGAUGGCAGAAAACAUCAAGCUCACCCGAGAUGCUCAGUCUCCUGAUGAGCCAAAGGCCAAUGAAAAACUUUAUACAGUGUGUGAUGUAGCACUGUGUGUCAUCAACAGCAAAAGUGCUUUGUGCAAUGCAGAUUCACCCAAGGACCCUGUAUUGCCAACCAAGUUUUUUACACAACCUGAAAAGGAUUUCUGCAAUGACAGGAAUUACAUUUCAGAAGAGACAAGGGUUAUUCUUUUGACAGGAAAGCCCAAACCGACUGGUGUGUUAGGUACAGUAAACAAACCAUUGUCUGCAACUGGAAGGAGACCAUAUAUUAGAACAACAGGAUCAGAGACUGGAAGCAAUAUCAGUGUCAACUCUGAGCUGAGCUCUUCUGCAGGAAACAGAUCAAGGGAACAAAGUUCGGAUAUAUCAGAAACUGGGGUCAGUGAAAAUGAUGAAAACCCUGUGAGGAUUAUUUCAGUCACACCAGCAAAGACAGAACCUGUGAAAAACAAGGAGAUAAAUUCUGAUCAGGCCACUCAAGGAAACAGCACGGAACGUGGGAAAAAGAGAACAGCAACAGCAUCUGGAACAGAGAAUAUUCAUCAGAAACCAGAAGAAAAAAGUGUAGAUGAAACAGGACCAUCACUCGCAGCAAAAACCAGGAGAGGGCGUCCAGCCAAGCCUGAACCUCAGGGUACCACUGCAAAAAAUGAGGAAACAAAUAAACCACCUGUCAGGGGAAGGAAAAGGGCAGCAGUCAGUCAAGAAAGUCCAGGGAGUUUAGAGGCAGGUAAUGCCAAAGCACCAAAACAGCAAGACACAGCAAAAAAGCCAGCAGCAGCACAGAGACAAAUCGAUCUACAAAGAAGCCAGGUGCUUGGAAGUGAUGGAGAUUCACUGUUGGAGAUAGACUCGAGUCCAGAAUAUUCCCACAAUGCAAUGGAUCUCUUUAAGGCCUGUGGCAGCAGCCAGGAAGAUACUGAGGAUACAGAGAUAGCAGAGGGAGGCUUCCUUAAGGUAAAAAGAAAACUUGCUCGAAAAGGGAGGAAAUGAAGGCCAAAAUAAGGCAUGCUCCAAGCUUCUGCAAAAACUAGGAUUCAGAAGUUUCCUGUACAGGAACUGAAAUUACUUCAAAACACAACAGCUUUCAGCUCUUGAAAACCCAGAAGGAAAACUAUGCUUCCCUUUCACGUGAAAUUAAUCCUUCUCAAUGGAAAUGUAAAGCAGAAACUCUUGAGAAAGAGGCUAAAAGCAUCUGUACUUAUUUCCCCAGAGACUUUUUUUAUGAAAAGUCAAUAAUUAAGCAAAUUGCUUAACACUUGGUUCCAGUUCCUGCAUUCUGGAGUUUAAAAGUGUAUUUACACCAUUAAUUUUCAUGCUGCAUUUUUGUUUUGGGGGGUUUUGAGGGUUGGGGUUUUUUUCUGUUGGAUUUUUUGGUUUGGUUUUGGGUUGGUUUGGUUUUGUUUUAUAGGAAAAAAAGAGAAGUCAGAGGAGGUCUUUACACUGACACUGAAAAUUCAUGAUCUUAGAGCCAGGUGAAUUCCCAUGUUUCACAGGAGAGGGGAGGGAGGGUAAAAAUAAAGUAGAAGUCUACUGAAUGAAUUUUAAACGAAGACUAGAGAUAAAAAAAAAACAAAAGAAAAAGGAAAAAAAAAACUAAAACGAUAAAAACUUUUAAAAAAAAAAAGAUGAUUUUUUUUUUUGGGCUUUACUUUUGGGAGACUUUUCUGUAUAAUUCUUUCUGCCUGCCUACUUUUCUGCAAAACUAAGAUGUACAGAUUCCAGUUCCCCCCCCCCGCUACGAAAAGUCAUGUGGUGGCAAUUGAUUUUUGUUUUUUAAUGAAUGUUGGCUUUCUGAUUUUGAUCAGAGUGGGAAAAUAAUCACUUAAAAAACCAGAAAUUAAUUCUUAAUUUGCAAGUAGACAUUUCAAUUUUAAUUUCUUUCUUGUGUUUGGUUUGGUUUUUCAUCUUCCCCUCCGGUUUUAGUUUAAUAUAAUUUGCAAUAAAUGUACAUAUUGAUGUUUGUUUUAUAAAAAAGAAAAAGUGAAAAAAAAAAUUAAUAAUUAAUAAUAAUCUUAUGUCACUUUUAAGUGGUUUUUACUCCUUAAGGUUUCUGUUGGAAUAGUCUAAAAGUUGGGUUUUUUUUCAAGGAGUAAAAGACAGUCCAGCAUUUUGAUUUUUUUUUAUAACGUUUGUCACCAGAUUUUUAUUAUUGAUGUAAAGAGGGAAAAAAAAAAAGGAAGAAAAAAAAAAAGAAAAAAAAAAAAAAAAGCCCAGACAGAGACACACAAAAUUUUAAUCCGUUUUUAAAACAUAGUUGGACUUUUGGCAGCUUUAUAAGGAAGGUUGGAAACGUUUAGGGGUUGCUCUCAAUUUUAAGCAUUGUGCUGAUUGGAACUAAGUCUGGUUUGCAUUGUUUUGGUUUGGUUUUUUUUUGGUCUUCCUGUCCAGGCUCAUUUUUGGUUUUAUUUUGUUGGGGUUGGGUUUGGUGUUUUUUUUUCUUUUUUUUUUUUUUUCCUUUCUUUUUUUUCUUUGGUUGGUUGGUUUGUUUUUAACUGUUUUCUUUUAGAAGAUUGUUGGCAUCAAUAUUCUGUUUCCUGGCAUUGUUCAGCAUAGAUUAACGGUGUACACUUUUCCGUACACGUGAUCAUAUUUAAGUUUGUUGCAUAAAAUAAACGCUUCUCUAGGUGUCA